UAGCUUAACUUUAUUAUAUGAAGGCACUUAUUCUCCUACUAGUUUAUCUAUAAAUAUUUUGAAUUUACGUAUCAUUGCAACAUCGAAGGAAGGCUUCUUUCAUAGCAUUGCCAUCAUGAACUCCCUUUGUGCCAUCUUAGCUCUGCUCUCAUUUCUUUUGUUCACUACAACUGUAGAAUCAAGAAUAGGUGCAGGAGGCUACAUGAAAAAUUCCAUUAAAAAGCAACCCACGCCAGGAGACUUACGGAAGCUCGUAAAAGAACAGUUUGAGCGUAACAAUGCCGAUCUACCUGAUGAUAAGACUGAGAAAGCCAACUGCAAUGAAAAUGGGAAACCUAACACUGAAUUUGAGAUUGUCGAGUUUGAACCGAGACCUGAUGUCACAAUUUACCAUGGUGACAUUGUCGAGUUUGAACCAAGACCUGAUGUCACAAUUUACCAUGGUGACUUUGAACCGAGACCUGAUGUCACAAUUUACCAUGGUGACAGUGAAGUAACAGAGUCCAGAACUCUUAAAGACGAGCUAGAGUCUAAGGCCAUAGGUAACAUGCACCCUAAGGAUAAAGGUCCUAAAGAUAAGCUGCCAUUUGAAGUCAAAGCCAAAAGGCAUGCAUUUGAAGAAGAUUUUGAGCCAAGGCCAAAUAUUUCUGUGUACAAUGACUGAGGAAAAUGAGAGGUGAUGAAAUUCUGGUGCAAUUAUGGUGCUGUUUUUAAAUAAGUUUUUAUGAUUAUGAUUGUAAGAUAUAUGUGGUUUGAUUGUUUGAUAUUUCAAGUUGAGUAACUCUAAGGUUCAGGAUAUGUACGUAUGAUGCAAUCCUGUAAGAAGUUAAAUAAGUUGUUUCAUCCCUGAAUGCAAUUCGUGAAUAGUAAAAUAAGUUUUUAUGAUUA